CCAACCGGAACGGAACCCUGUUUCUCUCUAGCAGUCACCACCACCACCCCCGCGGCGGCGCGAGCGUCACUGUCCUAUCCUGCUCCUUUCCCCUGCGCCGCCGCCUCAACUAAAACCCUAAAACAGCUCCCCUUCCCUCCGCCGCCUCCACGGCCGGUCGCCAUGGCGGACACGGUGCAGUACCGCCUGGAGCGGAUGACGGACGAGCUGGACGACCUGGAGCGCAGGGGCCUCUUCACGCGCGCUGAGCUCUCCGACGUCGUCCGCAAGCGCCGCGACUUCGAGUACCGCCUCCGCCGCCACUCCCCGCUCCGCCAGGACUUCCUCGACUACAUCGCCUACGAGCUCCGCCUCGACUCCCUCCGCAACCUCCGCAAGCGCGCCAUCAUACGCGCCGCCGCUGACGAGGAUGACGAGCCCCGUGAUGGCGCUCGCAGCAGCGACGACGAGGAGGGAGGCGGGAGGAAGAGGAAGAAGAAGGAUAAAUCCAAGAAGAAGUGGAAGAAGUCCGUCUCCGACGUCGCCGGCGUCCUCCGCGUCCUCGACAUCUACCGGAUGGCCACCGUCAGGUUCAAGGGCGACCUCGACCUCUGGUUCCGCUACCUCGAGUUCUGCCGCGACAAGAAACACGGCAGGAUGAAGCAGGUUCUGGCACAAGCUAUUCGCUUCCAUCCCAAGGUUCCCGGGCUUUGGAUCUACGCGGCAGCAUGGGAAUUCGAUCAGAACCUGAACGUCGCCGCGGCACGUGCACUGAUGCAGAGCGGUCUCAGGUCUUGUCCUCAGUCUGAGGAUAUGUGGAUCGAGUAUCUUCGCAUGGAGCUUACCUACCUUAACAAGCUCAAGGCUCGAAAGGUUGCUCUUGGAGAGGAUGUCAAGACGCUGCAAAAGAACGAUAAAGAUUCAGGCCAGUGGAAAGAGGAAAACAAGGAACUGUUUAUGCCACUGAAUGAACAGGACGAAGAUCCCAAGGAGCCGGGCUUGUCUGGAGAUGCCCUGGAGGAGAAGGAAGACCUGUUUUGGCGUCAAGGGUUGUUAAUCAUUCAGACUAUAUAUCAAGGUGCAGUGGAAGCUCUUCCAUCAAGCUUAACCUUGCGGAAGAAGUUCUUAGAGAUAUUAAACAGUGUUGACUUGGCACAUUCUGAUGAGUUGAAACUGGAGGUCCUGGAUGACCUUAAGAGAGAUUUCUAUCAUAGUGAGGACUACUGGGAUUGGUUGGCUAGGCUUCAGCUUAGCAACUCGAACAGUUCCAGUAAUUCGAAUAGAAAGGAUGCUAUAUCGAAUAGGUUGAACAGAUCAAUCCAGGUGUAUGAUGAAGCUGUCAGAAGGCUAUCAAAUUCCAAAAUGUACUCAUUGUAUGCAAAGUUUUGGAUGGAUGUUCUAUACCCUGACAGAGAAGAUUCCAUCACAUUAUUCGAGGAUUCUGAGUUUGAUGCUUCAGAGUUCACUUCAUCCAUACUGAAAGUUUAUGAAAAUGCAGAAUCAUGUGGAUGUCUUACUGAGGAUCUUGCUUGCCAAUACAUAUCACUUUACUUGAAACUAGAAAGACUGGAGGAAGCUAAGACUCUUGCAGAAAAGCUUUGCGACGGCCCUCUUUCAAAUGCUGCAAAAUUGUGGAGCCUGAGAGCUUCAAUGGAGAUAAAUUCAAUUGCGACUGCUCCUGGCAGUUCUUCCUUGAGCAAGGAGAACUUGAGCUCUCUGUUUGAUCUAUUUAGCACUGUACUUUCUAAGUUGUCUGUAACUGAGACUGAGGGAUUGUGGCAUAUGGCCAUGAAAUUAUUUUUCCAUGAUAAGGUCUUCUUCGAGAAGUUGGUGAAGAUUUCAACGCUAUCAUUAAGUUUGGCAGGUGGCAGUGAUUCAGGAGCAUCUGUUUCUUCUGCUAUCGUUGGGUGGUAUUUGCAAAGAGAUGGUAUGAAGCAUGCUAGGAAGAUGUACAAGAGAUUUCUUGCUUUACCUCGGCCAAGCCUCAAGUUCAUGCAGUACUGCAUAGAGCUGGAGGCGAACCUUGCAUCACUCGGAGACCAUGGCGCCCUUACAAAUGCUCGGCGGCUAUAUGAUUCAGCGCUCGACCUGUAUCCCCAGGAAAGGGAAGUGUGGAGGAACUACUACAACCUGGAGCUGAAGAUGGGAACAUCAGAGUCUGCCAACGCCGUGUACUCGCGUGCUCGCAAGGUGCUCGGUGACUCCACUGCCCUGACAGCUCCCCGGAGCUAGCUAGCUACCAGCAGCAAUGUAUUUCGAUAUGUAUUGCAGUUUCUGUUUGGAUUAUUUUUUUAGUUCUCUGUGUGAGCAUGUUUAGUUUGGGUCAGCAAGUAAUUAAGCUGACCAUCAAAAUUUUGGCCCUAAAUCAUUGGGUGGUAACUUGUGACUUACAAUAUGCUGAGGUGCUUGCGCUAAGCAUAUUUUGUUUUAUAAAAAAAAGGUAAUGCAGCUGCUCGUCGGUGUCUCCC